GUUAGGGGGAAACUAGGCGUCGUGUGUUGCCAGAUUUGUUUAUCUUGAAACUCAAGAGAGAAGGAAUAAGAGUAAAUACUGGAAAGGGUUUUGUGUAAUGUUGAUGAGCAGGUCAGGGGGUUAGUACGUGAAUCUUUUGAUGAUCUGAAGCCGACUCCCCCUCUUCCUCCUCCUCUUCCUCCUCCUCCGCUCGCACAAAUGUAUAAAGAAGAGAAAUCGCGCUGGGGAGGGGGUUGAUACGCUGAAGCCGAAAUCGAGAGGCGAGCCCAGGAAAGAGGAGUAUUUUGUACACGGGACUUUCCCCUCCUUCGUCCCUGAAAAGGAGGGGAAAAAGUCGAAUUUUGAAGGCCACGAACAGGACGAGGCUUCCUUAUAGGCGCCGACGCCUAUCUUUGUGGAAAUAUAUCAUUUUUUUAUUUAAAGAAAUAUGGCCGAUAACCUUCUUGAUUCUGGCCCGCCUGCAGCCAAGAGGCCUAAACUCUCCUCUCCGGCACUUUCUGUCUCCGCCAGCGAUGGAAACGAUCUCGGCUCACUAUUUGACCUGGAGCAUGAUCUACCAGAUGAGCUUAUCAACUCCUCUGAGCUAGCUUUGCCAAAUGGAGGGGAUCUUGGGCAGCUCCACACCAGCCAUGGUGGAAGUGGAGCAGCAGGCGGUGGGCUCGGAGGGGUCGGCACGACUGGUCAAGAUGCAGCUGCCAAGCACAAACAACUCUCUGAGCUGCUCCGAUCUGGAGCACCAUCUGUAGCAGCGCAACAUCAACAAGGAGGCAGUCCAGGUGGUGUGUCUAUGGGGCUUAUGGGGAGCAUGAAGGCAUCCCCAGGCCCGCAGAACUUGGUGCCUCAGGGGCAGCAGCACCUCUCCCCUCAGCAAACAAACCUGAUUCAGCAGCAUCAGAUGGCGGGGAUGAUUGGUGGCAUGAACAGGACUAUGCUUGUACCUCAAAAAGGUACUGGCCAGCAGCAAAUAGGGACCCAUACAUCUCAGCAACAAGGCAUGAUGGGUGGACAGAUUAUGAAUGGCACACCCAGAAUGAGUUACCCCAAUCCAGGAAUGGGCAGUAACAGUAACCUGUUGGCUGACACCCUGCAGCAGGCAGCAGGAGGCCAAGGUGGACUUAGAGCACAGCAACCUGGAGCAUUAAACAAGAUGGGGAUGAUGGGAGGUGCAGGCACCUAUGGAGGUCCCUAUAAUCCAAAUGCAGUUCAGAUGCAGAGUGGUGGAGGGCUUGCCCCGCAGCUCAUGAACAAACCAAAUAUAUCUAACAACUUGUCUCAAUUCAACAUGGACAAAAAACCCCAGUCUAUGCUAGGCAUGCCAUCAUUGGCUCCCCAGCAGUCAGCAGCUGGUGGUGCUGGAGGGGCAGCAGGAAUGGUACCUAAUACCCAGGGCGGGCUUGGUCCAUCAUCGGCCGCAUCAGUAGGAGCAGGAGUUCCUCCUACAGCUGACCCAGAAAAACGGAAACUCAUACAACAGCAGCUGGUUCUCCUGCUCCAUGCCCACAAAUGCCAGAGGCGGGAGCAAGCUAACGAUGAGAUGCGCCAAUGUAACCUGCCCCACUGCCGCACUAUGAAGAAUGUCCUCAACCACAUGACUCAUUGCCAGGCUGGCAAAUCCUGCCAGGUGGCACAUUGUGCCUCAUCGCGACAGAUAAUCUCCCAUUGGAAGAACUGUACAAGGCAUGACUGCCCUGUGUGUUUGCCACUGAAGAAUGCAGGAGAUAAGCGGAAUCAACAGUCCCUUCUAAGCACUGCUAAUGUGGGCUUAGGCACAGCUUUGGGUACUGCACCAGGUGGCCCACACAAUGCUCCUAAUCUUAACACUCCAGGUCAGAUAGACCCCAGCUCUAUUGAGAGGGCCUAUGCAGCUCUGGGACUCACCUACCAGGGUAACCAGGCACCCUCUCAACCUGCUCAACAACCAUCUAGGCCACUCAGCAGUAUGGGUGGAAGCCCAAUGGGUGUGAAUGGGGCUGUUGGUGGCCAGCCACAGAGUCAACAGUCUAACCUCCAAGAUCCUAUGCUGCAUGUCAACAUGAAUGCUCAAAAUAUGCUGAAUGAUGCUAGUGCUUUGGGCAAUAUGGGCUCACUGUCGUUGGCCAGUCCAGCUUCUGUUGCUGGCAUGAAAAAGAACUGGCAUGAGGACAUCACCCAGGAUCUGCGCAACCAUCUUGUCCACAAACUUGUCCAGGCCAUCUUCCCGACUCCAGAUCCAGCUGCACUGAAGGACAGGCGCAUGGAGAAUCUAGUGGCUUAUGCCCGUAAAGUAGAGGGGGACAUGUAUGAAUCUGCAAACAGCAGGGCAGAGUACUAUCACUUACUAGCAGAGAAAAUCUACAAGAUACAGAAGGAACUAGAAGAGAAACGGAGGAUGAGGUUGCAAAAACAGGGUAUGAUGCCCACUCAGCCUGGAGUGCCUCCUACUGGGAUGCAGCAGGGACCCCCUGGCAUGGGUCAGCAAGGACCACUAACAGGACUUCCCCCAAAUGGCCCCGUAUCGGAUCCAUCAGUGGUGCGGCCCUCUGGACCAAACCAAAUGGUUAGCAGGAUGCAGAACCCUGCAGGAAUGAAUCCAUUUAAUCAAAUGCAGCCCAUGGGUCAGAGGUCCACUCCUCCUCUUCCACUUAGUACGGCUCUCAGCCAGAUGCCUACAGGGUCUUCGAGGAUGGCCCCAACUAAUGUUGCACAAAUGCAAAAUCAGUAUCUUCCAUCCGGCCAGUUUCAGAGUUCAGCACCAAUGCAUGGCACUGGGCCAGUUGGUAUGCCACAGCCUGGCCCUCAGAGUGGCAUGUCCCAGCAUGCUUCCAUUCCGACAUCACCAUUGUUGCCAGCCGGUAGUCCUUUAGCUCAGCCUGCCUCUAUUGGGGGACUGGGUAGUGGGGUGUCAGUGGGCUCUCUGGCUCCUAACAAUGGUGUUGGAGUGCCUCCAUCAUCCACCACAUCUCAGUCUAUCAGCCUUUCACACUGUCCAGCUGUGCGACAGAGCUCUCCUUCUCCAGCACGCAGCCGUACACCCACACCACACCUUACACCCCCUCCAAGCCUACCAGGUUCACAAACGCCACAGCCUCACACACCCAGUUUGCCCCACUUGAACACUGGUGCCAGUCAGCAGCAUCAACCUCAGUCUGCUAACACUGAAAAAGCCAUGCAACUACAGCAGCCAUUAGGAGGUGCUCCCUCAACACCAAACACUGCUCUGGCACCUCAACAUCCACCCACUCCACUAUCCCAGAAGGGUUCUCUGCCAGUAGAUGGGCAGGCUGCUACUCCUGCUUCUGUAAGCAGUGCUGAGGCAUCCAGCCAGCAGGUUCCCUCAGAUGUUGCUGCCACCCUUGAGCCCAAGGUAGAGCAUGAAGAGGAAGAGGAAGAUGCAGAUGAGGAGGAGUCGUUGACUGGGGGAAGGACUGGAAAAAAGGGAGAUGUAAAGUCUGAGGAAAAGCCUGAGAUAAAGAAGGAAGAGCCAUCAGGUGAUGGAUGUAAAAGUAUUCCUAUGGAAACAUCUAUGGCAGCAAAGGAGGACAAAAAGCCUGAAUUAAAGACUGAGCCCAAAGAGGAAGAAAUUGGUUCAGGCACCCCCAGCACUCCAGCUGGAAUACCUAAUAAAAAGAAAAUUUUCAAACCUGAGGAGUUGAGACAGGCUCUAAUGCCCACACUGGAGUCUCUUUAUCGACAGGACCCUGAGUCUCUUCCUUUCCGCCAGCCUGUGGAACCAUCACUCCUGGGAAUACCUGAUUAUUUUGACAUUGUUAAGAAUCCUAUGGACUUGUCUACUAUAAAGCGCAAGCUUGACACAGGCCAAUAUCAAGAUCCAUGGCAAUAUGUGGAUGACAUCUGGCUCAUGUUCAACAAUGCCUGGCUCUAUAACCGCAAGACUUCACGAGUGUACAAGUACUGCUCUAAACUGUCAGAAGUGUUUGAGCAAGAGAUAGACCCAGUCAUGCAGAGCCUUGGUUAUUGCUGUGGGAGAAAGUGGGAAUUCUCCCCUCAAACUUUAUGCUGCUAUGGCAAGCAGCUUUGCACUAUACCACGAGAUGCUGCUUACUUUAGUUACCAGAACAGUUCACCAAAAUAUGGACUUCUUGCUGACAGGUACCACUUCUGUGAGAAGUGUUUCAACGAGAUCCAGGGAGAAAGCGUGUCCCUAGGGGAUGACCCAUCCCAGCCGCAGACAUCCAUUAACAAGGACCAGUUUGAAAAGAAAAAGAAUGACACACUAGAUCCUGAGUUCUUUGUGGAAUGUAUGGACUGUGGCCGUAAAAUGCAUCAGAUCUGUGUUCUGCACCAUGAGACAAUUUGGCCUUCAGGCUUUGUCUGUAACGAGUGCCUGAAAAAGUCCAACAAGACCCGCAAAGAAAAUAAAUAUUGUGCUAAGAGGCUACCCCAGACUAAACUGGGCAACUUCUUAGAAACUCGUAUUAAUGAUUUUCUGAAGCGUCAAAACCACACAGAGUCUGGUGAAAUCACUAUUCGUGUUGUCCAUGUCUCUGAAAAGGUGGUAGAAGUCAAACCAGGAAUGAAGGCCAGAUUUGUGGACAGUGGGGAGAUGCCGGAGUCCUUUCCAUAUAAAUCAAAAGCUCUAUUUGCCUUUGAGGACAUUGGUGGUGCUGAUGUCUGCUUCUUUGGCAUGCAUGUGCAGGAAUACAGCUCAGAUUGUCCACACCCUAAUCAAAGACGGGUAUACAUAUCCUACUUGGACAGUGUUCAUUUCUUUCAGCCACGUUCUUUAAGAACAGCAGUAUACCAUGAGAUUCUUAUUGGGUAUCUGGAAUAUGCCAAAAAGUUAGGGUAUACUACAGGCCAUAUUUGGGCCUGCCCUCCAAGUGAGGGAGAUGACUACAUCUUUCACUGUCACCCUGCAGACCAAAAGAUACCAAAGCCUAAGCGGCUGCAGGAGUGGUACAAGAAGAUGCUGGAUAAAGCUGUAACAGAGCGAAUUAUACAUGACUAUAAGGACAUUUUCAAGCAGGCGACAGAGGAUCGUCUCACUAGUGCCAAAGAGCUGCCUUAUUUUGAGGGUGACUUCUGGCCCAAUGUGCUUGAAGAGAGCAUUAAGGAGUUGGAACAGGAGGAAGAGGAGAGAAAACGGGAGGAGAACAGUACUUCCAGUGAAAGUGUAGAUGCUACAAAGGGUGACAGCAAGAAUGGCAAGAAAAAGAACAAUAAAAAGACGAGCAAGAACAAAAGCAGUCUGAGCCGAGCCAACAAAAAGAAACCAGGGAUGCCAAAUGUGUCAAAUGAUUUGUCACAAAAACUUUAUGCCACCAUGGAGAAGCAUAAAGAGGUGUUCUUUGUCAUUCGGCUGAUUGCUGGGCCCAAUUCCAAUGCUCUUCCACCAAUCAUGGACCCUGAUCCAUUAAUGGCAUGUGAUUUGAUGGAUGGACGAGAUGCUUUCCUUACAAUAGCGCGGGACAAACACUUGGAAUUUUCUUCAUUGAGGAGGUCCAAAUGGAGUUCUAUGUGUAUGCUUGUAGAGCUGCACAACCAGAGCCAAGAUCGAUUUGUCUAUACCUGUAAUGAAUGCAAACACCAUGUUGAAACACGUUUCCACUGCACUGUAUGUGAGGACUAUGACCUUUGCAUCACUUGCUACAAUACAAAAGGCCAUGAGCACAAGAUGGAGAAGCUGGGCCUGGGAUUGGAUGAUGAGAGCAACAGCCAGGCAGCUGCGUCCAUGCAGAGCCCUGGUGACUCGCGCCGGCUUAGCAUUCAGCGUUGCAUUCAGUCUCUUGUACAUGCUUGCCAGUGCCGGAAUGCCAACUGCUCACUUCCAUCUUGUCAAAAGAUGAAAAGAGUUGUCCAGCACACAAAGGGCUGCAAGCGCAAAACCAAUGGAGGCUGCCCUAUCUGCAAGCAACUUAUUGCACUUUGCUGUUACCAUGCUAAACACUGCCAAGAGAACAAGUGUCCUGUGCCUUUCUGUCUAAACAUCAAGCAGAAACUGCGUCAACAGCAGCUUCAGCACCGGGUUCAGCAGGCCCAGAUGCUUCGGAGAAGGGUAGCUAGUAUGCAAAGAACAGGCCAACCACUAAUUGGUGGAAAUGAAGGGUUGCCAUCACCUAGCAACAAUGGCACUAGUGGCCCAGGGACCCCCACAUCAAGUACUCAACCGCCUGCUUUACAGCCAACCUCUCAGCAGUGUCCAAUUCCUGUCCCCCAAGCUGGAGUUGCAGGGGGUCCUCAGCAGCUUGCAGGAAUAGUGCAGCAGCAUCAAUUCCAGCAGAUACCUGUUGGUGGUGGGAUGAUUAACUCUCCACAGCAACAGAUGAUUCAACAACCACCACCACCACCACAGCCUCCCUCAGUACAGCAGCUUCAGCAUCCCAACAGCCUUCCUCCUUAUGUACAGAGACCUCCAAGUUCGUCCCCCCUUUCACAAUCUAUAGGGAAACCUUCCAUGGGCCCAGCCGGUCAUCCCCAGCAACAACAGUCAAACCAAGGACAGUCAGCAUUUUCUCAACAGCAGCCCUCUGGUCCUCCUCCGGCAGCCCUGGAAAUGGCUUUAAAAAUUCAACGUGUGGCAGAGACACAAAGGCAAAUGGCUAAACACAAAAGCAUGCAGAUGAUGGCACCACCACCACUGCACCAGGGCCCUCAGACUCAAAACCCGAUGGGUCUGAACCAUCCUGGGGCAGGGAUGGUGGGGCCCCAAGGAUUAAACCCCCAGGCACAAUCCACUGUUUCCAGGGCUCAAAUGGAGCAGCAGCAAGGUGUGGUAUCAGCUGGCAUUCAGCAACAAGGAGGACAUCAUAACCAACUUCCUUCACAAGUGCAAAUGCAGCAAGCUCCACAGGGUGGGCCCCAGAUCCAGCCUUCACAGCAGCAGUGGGGGCCCCCUGGCAUGCCCCCUCAGCAGCGACCAGCAAUGAUGAGUCAAAUGGGUCAUGCAGGAAUGGGUUCUGGGCAACAACCACAGCAGGUGGUGCAACAGCAACUUUCCCAGCAACAGGGGCAAACAGGAGUGAUGGGUAUGAUGGGUGGUCCAGGUGGAGCUACAAACCCAGGGACUGGUAAUGGAGGUCUCCUUCAGAGUGCUUUGCAAGACCUUCUUAGAACUCUGCGUUCUCCGAGUUCUCCCCUUCAACAGCAACAGGUCUUGAAAAUAUUGCGCUCGAAUCCUCAACUUAUGGCAACAUUUGUCAAGCAGCGUGCACCAAAAUACCUUGGUAGGGGUGGGCCUGGUGCAGGUGGUGCAGGCCCAGCAGGCAUGGAAAGCCAACAGUUAAAUGUAAAUACAGUAGGCAGUCAACCAGGUAUGCACUUAGGCCAGGGGCCUGGGAUGCCUCCAACUAAUCCUCUUCAGCAGCAGCAGCAGCAGCAGCAGCAACAACUUCAGCAGCAGCAGCAGCAACAACUUCAGCAGCAGCAGCAGCAACAACUUCAGCAGCAGCAGCAGCAACAACUUCAGCAGCAGCAACAACUUCAGCAGCAGCAACAACUUCAGCAGCAGCAGCAGCAGCAACAACUUCAACAGCGUUCCCUUAUGGGUGUAAAUAUGCAGCAGCAGCAGCAAAUGGCUAUGCAGCAGCAACAUGGUGUUAUGCCAGGUCAAGGCACAAACAUUGCUAAUAUGUCUCCCCAGUUCAAAGAAUUCAUGAGGAAACAUUUGCUGCAGCAGCAGCAGCAGCAGAUGGGAAACCUUGGUCAGUUUCAACAUCCCCAAUCACAACAGCAACAAGGUUAUCUUGGCCAGCCUGGGAUGCAGCCUCAGCAGCCAGGUCAAGCUCAAGCUGGGGGACUUCCGCAACAGCAAGGAGGCCCGCAGGCUGGGCUGCAACAAAAUUAUUCAGGAUCCAUGUCUCCGCAGGUGGUAGCAGCUUUACAACAGAGAUUGCAGCAGCAACAACAACAGCAGCAGCAGAAUGCAAUGAGUGGGCUCCAAGGGAAUGAUGGUGGUAAUUCACUUCAGCAGCAGCAGCAACUCCAGCCUCCACAAGGUGGUUCUCAGCCCCAGCCUUCCCAGGCUAUUAUUCAGCAAACUCUGCAUCAAAGACUUCUUCAGCAGCAGCAACAGCAUCUAGGUGGUGGGUCCCCUGCUCAGCAUAAUAAUCCCAUGAGCCCUCAACAACCAAUAUCCAAGUCUCCACAUUUACAAGGCCAACAGCUGUCAACUUCUCUUAGCAACCAGGUGCGGUCACCCCAGCCAUCACCCCGGCCCCAGUCUUUGCCACCAAACUCGAGUCCAUCUCCUCGCAUGCAACCCCAGCCUUCUCCACAUCGUAUCUCUCCCCAAACAGGUUCACCACACCCUGGUCAUCUCCCCCCACAUCACACUGGCAUGGUAGCACCUCCACAACAGCAGUCUCAGCAGCAACAACAGGCUAAUGCUAUGGACCAAGCUCCAUUUGGGUCAGAUCAGAAUGCCAUGCUUUCACAGCUUGGUGGAAUGGGGCCUCUGCAUGGGCAAGGAGCUGACCUGCUGGCUGGCAACAACCAAGACAUGGGGACAAAUAUUAAUCACAGCUCAUUAAAUUUAAUGUAGCAUUACAGUCCUCAAAACACUUAACAGGAAUGGGUUGCAAUUUUAAAAUUUACUGUUGCUCUCAUUAGUGUUAUUAUUUAAUAUUUUUGAUGUAAAUGAAAAGACUACACCUUCCUAUGGGAGAUACUACAUUAAAUGAGCAAAUUAAUAAGUUAAAUGAAUGGUAAGUUAUUGCUGUUAAUAUAUGCAUAUAUUUUUAGCCAAUUGCGUUCAAAAAGGUUCUGGGUGAAAGGAUGGGAAUAUCCUCCCUAUUUGACAAGUACUAUUUUUGAGGAUGACUGCCUUUUUAUAAAUAUUUUUUUAAGAUUUUAAAUGCAUAAAAUUAAAGAGAAAAUUGUGUUCACACAAUAGACCGUUGUUGUUUUUCCUCCAUACACAUAGAAUAUUGUGCCCAUUUUUGAAAGUGUUAAUUACCAUCUGCAGUUAGUGAUUGAACAUUUUUUAAAGUUAUUUAUUGCCUUCAUGUUUGUAGUUCAACUAAAUCCCUACAGGACAAUUAAUUAAAUAUUCUAUUUAAAGUGGUUAUAAUUGGUAAUGUAUGUAUUAUAAGCAGAACCCAGGAAAAACUUUCAAACCUGAUAUAUUUUUUUAUUUUUGGUAUAUUCUUAAGGGAAUUUUUGGGCCUUAUGUUUUGAGUGAAACUUGCAUUGUAUGGCUUUGCCCCCUUGAUGACAUUGCAUGGGGUGGUUUUUUUUUUUGGGAGGGGGGGUGGUUAACGCAUGUCUCAAUUUUCCCCACGACUAUACACUUUGUCCUUUGAAUGUGUGCUGCAAUUUUAUUUUAUUUUUCUUCUUUUUUCCCCCCUUCAUUCUAUCUCUUUAUAAUUCAAAUGGUACUAGAACUGCUCACACUACAGCUGUGCUAUAAUCAUAGGAUACACUGCAGUCACUUCUACCAUUAAGCUUAAAAUCUUGUGGGGUAAAUUUGAUUUCUUAUGUCAAACUUGAUGGUUUUUUGGGGUUUUUUGCCAUCUCACUGAUUUGAUGUCCUCACUCCUCUCUGUCCAGGAAGGAUGUAUUUUCCCUUUUGAUGUUUGGGACUUUGGGAUUUCAGACGUCUUUUUCCUACUGUGUAAAGAAAUUCUGGACUUUUUUUUGUUGUUUUGUUUUUUUAUUAAGUAAUAAAAUGUCAUGGAACUGGA